AUGGCAUCUGGUUCUCUCUUCCUCUCUCUGAGAAGAUCCAAACUUGGAUCUCUAUGUGCAUUAGAGAAAUGGAAACCUGUUAGGUUUCUUUCUUCAGGUGGUGCUUUAAGAAGUGCAAGUGAAUUCCAUGAAGAAGAGGAAUUGAAUACGAAGGAAAAUGAAGAUGACUUGAAGAGUAGAAUUUUCAGGCUUAGACUUCCAAAAAGAAGUGUAACAAAUGUUAUCGACAAAUGGGUCGGAGAAGGAAACACUGUUUCUUCUUCUGAGUUAAGGCAUAUCUCUAAAGAGCUACGGAAGUCUCACCGUUUCAAGCAUGCACUUGAGAUAUCAGAAUGGAUGGUGACUCAUGAAGAGUUCCAGUUAUUGGACUCUGACUAUGCAAGCCGUAUUGACUUGAUGACAAAAGUUUUUGGUGUUGAUGCUGCUGAACGCUACUUUGACGGCCUACCUCUUACAGCAAAAACUACUGAAACCUACACUGCUCUCCUCCACUCUUAUGCUGCGGCAAAAUUGAUUGAAAGAGCUGAGGAAUUUUACGAGAGAAUAAAGGGAUCAAAUCUGUCCUUCACUGCUCUCAUGUACAAUGAGAUGAUGACUUUGUACAUGUCAGCUGGACAGCUGGAGAAAGUAUCUCUAGUUGUUGAAGAACUGAAACGUCAGAACGUUGCUCCUGAUAUCUUCACCUACAAUCUCUGGAUAAGCUCAUGUGCAGCAGCUUUAAAUAUUGAUCAAGUUAGAAGAAUUUUAGAUGAAAUGAGUGAAGACUCUGGUGCCAAUGAUGACUGGAUGAGAUACAUUAAGAUAGCCAACAUAUAUGUCACGGCAGGUCAUCUUGUGAAUGCAGAGUCCAAUGCUGCCGCUGUAGUUGAAACCGAGAAAAGAAUCACACAAAGAGAAUGGAUAACAUAUGAUUUCCUUGUUAUUCUAUAUGCAGGUUUAGGAAACAAAGAUAAAAUCGACCAAAUAUGGAAAUCCUUGAGAAUGACUAACCAGAAAAUGACGAGCAGAAACUAUGUUUGUGUUCUUUCUUCGUAUCUGAUGCUUGGACAUCUGAAAGAAGUGGGAGAAAUUAUUGAUCAAUGGAAACAAUCUACCACUACAGACUUUGAUAUCUCUGCAUGCAGUAGGCUUUUGGAUGCAAUCUCUGGUUUAGGACUAACUGAAAUUGCCAACAACUUUCAUAUGCUACUGAUUGAAAGGAAUUGUGACCCCACCAAUAUAUCAGAGUAA